AAGUACUUUAUGUAUUUUGAAAACUGAAACUGAAUUCAUAUUUAUUCAUUACUUAACAGGAAAAAUGAAAAUGUAGAAGUAUCCAUGUCAGAUGAGAACCCAAAGGCAACACCAACCAGAGGUGUAUCACAAAUAUCUGAUGAUUCCGGGAUUUUCAGUCUUCCGAAUACACCUGGUAUUAUGCUUCACGUGUCUGUAAUAUUCAAAGGUGUAUGUAGUAAAAAAAUCCAACAAAAUUUUGGUUAUACAAAACGACAUAUAAAUCCAGAUUUAGUUCUCGAGGAAAUACAGGCCAUUGCGGUGGAUAUUUUCUCCGACAGCAAGUUAGCAGAGUUAAGCGAGACACGAGAAAGACAUAGAAAAACAGACCGCCUCCUAAAACAUAUACUAAGAAAGGGUGAAGGAGUUUGCAAGUGUUUCCUGAAGUGCUUGCAGAGUGAGAGUAUCCAAGCAACAUUCAUUCUUGAGGAUCUACGAGUUUUCAAAGAUAAAUUUGUCCCGCCUUUAACUACAUAUAAUAUUGACAUAAAAGACAUCCAGGAGCAUUACGAAGAUAUUGUGAAAGAAUUGGAGAACACUGAUAUACUAGACCCUCUGUUGGAAUACUACGUCCUUAAUUUGGAUGAGCACGACACAGUUGUCUAUACAGACAAACCAAACAGAGAGAGGAAUUCUGAUUUGGUUAAAAUUCUUUGCAAGAAAGAAUCCGCCGACUGGAUUCCAGGAUUUAUUUUAGUACUACAAGAUAAAAAAUACGUAUUGCUAUUAUCUUUAAUUCAACACAAAGGAAAAAGGGUACCACAAGUAUUUCCAGAAAGAGUCCUGUAUGACACCACCUAUAAAAUGAGCAUAAGAGUCAAUGGUAUAAAUGCAAGUGCGAUAGAAUUACAACUUGCCAGACACGCCGACAUUGAUAAUUUGUGUCGCCAAUUUGCAAAAUUAUCAGUGAGCAAUAUUAAACAAGGAUCUGUGCUAUUAUUGGUUCAUCCGAUAUCUCCAGAUAUAUGGCGGAAGUCAUCAGAGGAAGAGAAGCAGAAACUUUUAGAGGAAUUUAUAUAUCAGCUGAUUUAUCAAUCAGAUGUGAAAAACCUGAUACAGAAGGAGAUUGAUGUUACCAUUGAAGUUAAUGAGAUCAAGAAUGUAUUUGGAGAUCCUGCAUGGAGAGUGAAGAAAUCAUCAGACCUUACAAAAGAACAACAACAACUUGAAGAUAACUGGACAUAUUUGGCUGAAGAAAUGGAAGUGAAAAAGAUAAUCGAAUAUUUCAUAGAUCGUGAUGCAAUGACUGUCCUGGAAAGACAGAAAAUAAUGGAUCUACCUGGAAGACGACAACAGGCAAAUAGAUUUCUUACUAUCCUGAAGCAUAAGUUGGGGGAAGUAACAAUUCAAGAUUUGAUUGAUGGAUUAAUGGCUACUGGACAGAAAUUUAUCGGCGGUAGAUUGAUGGAGAAGUUACUUUGUAUAGAUUGUUUGAGAGACACAUACAAAGACCCUCAAAACUACGAAAUGAUCCUGGAUGAGAUGGUUAGUUCGACGAUGCUUCAAACAGUGGCAAAAUUUGACGACGAGAGGAUCCCUCAUCACAUCCGGAAUAUAUUAACACCAGAAUGUGGCAAAUCAAGGAGAGAUAGAGCGCAUCUUUUUAUGCAGUAUGUUUUGUUGAAUGAUGAAGUCCUUCGAUCAUUUGAAAAUGUUUUUGCAACCAAAAAGUAUGUUGUUUUAACGAAACAUACAUGUGAUGAUCACACACUAAGAUCGUCGAAAGAUGCAUCGUAUUUUGAAACCAGUCUAGUUGAGGACAAAAACAUGGUUCAUUGUUCAUUCACAGUUAGAAUGGAAACUGAUAAAUCACUAAGCAUUAUUUCUUUAAAAAGAAAGAAGGAAGUUUUUGAGGAAAAAUAUGUGAAAACAGACAGACCAUUAUAUCGUCGACUUCCAAGCGAACCAUACAUCCAGGAGCUGACAGACCCAACACCUAUUAUUGCCGCUAUUGAUUUUGGAACUACAUAUUCUGGAUUUGCCUUCUCCCAAAAGAAGAAACACGCCAAGAUAAUAACAAAACAAUGGCACAGUUCUAGUGGUAGUGCCUUACAGUCGUUUAAGACACCAACAAGCAUACUUUUACAACCUGACGGCAACUUUGGCUCUUUUGGAUAUGAAGCAGAAGAAAAAUACGAUUUGUUAAGCAACGGAGGCGAUCAUACAAGAUGGUAUUUCUGCAGACAUUUUAAAAUGGAACUGCACUCCUCAGAGAUUUUGAAACGAGAUACGAUGAUAGAAGAUGUACUUGGCAAGAAAAAGACCGCUUUUGACAUAUUUUCCAUGUCAAUCAAAUAUCUGAAAAAAGAAGCAGAAAAGUUAAUGCGUGAAAAAGGACAAAAAGUUGUAAAAGAAAACAUAACCUGGAUCAUCACUGUACCUGCUAUCUGGACCGAUGCUGCGAAGCAGUUCAUGAGACAGGCUGCCGAAGAGGCUUCGAUUCCGUCUGACAGAUUGACAUUAGCGUUAGAACCAGAAGUAGCCAGUAUAUACAUAGGGGCACUUAAUGUUGAGAAGAGUCAGGAUGCCUCUGGUUCUGAUGUUACACUGGUGAAAAGUGCUCCUGGUUCACGAUUCAUGGUUGUUGAUAUCGGAGGUGGUACAGUGGAUAUAACAGUAAUGGAAAUAGCUACAGAACAACGAUUUAAGCAGAUAAGUUUGGCAUCCGGGGGACCCUGUGGUGGAAAGUAUGUCAAUGCCAAUAUCCUCCAGUACAUUGCUUCACUUGUGGGGGAAGAUGUCAUGGAAUCAUAUCGUUUAAAGAACAUGAACGAUUACCACGUGUUAUCUAAUGAAAUAGAAUUUAAAAAACGAAGUUGGAAAAGAGGAAGUAAGCUUCAGUUGGAGCUUCCUGUCUCAUUGGUGGAGCAUUUCGAAGAUAUAACCGAUUUCACAUUCUCAGAUCAUUUGAAAACUGCAUCUCAAAAGAAAGUUGGUUUGAAAGGAAAACAUAAAUUAAGGAUUCCAGAGGACAUUGCCGAGCAGUUUACACUGUCAGUAGUUUCUGAUAUCAUUUCACAUGUACGCGAAACUCUUGUGAAUGUAAAAGAUAUUUCAUAUAUGGUAAUAGUCGGAGGCUUUGCCGAUAACAGUUUGCUGAAAGAAGAGUUUAAUAUUGCAUUUCCAAAGAACAAUAUAAUCAUUCCAGACGAAGCUGGUCUUGCUGUUUUGAAAGGAGCGGUUUUAUUCGGGCGAGAUCCGUCAUGUGUUAUUACGAGGAAAUGCGACAGAACAUACGGAACGUUAGUGUAUAGAGCAUUUUUGAAAGACGAUUUACGCGAAAAAAGGGUGAAAGAGAUAGAUGGUGACUAUUGCAAAGACGCUUUCAAUAAACUUGUUGGAAUUGGAGAAAGCAUUUCAGUAAAUGAAAAACGAUCAACAGAGAUGCAACCAAUACGUGAAGGCAUGUCAAAGAUGUCGAUAAAACUAUAUGGAUCAACCGAACCUAAUCCCCGAUAUGUUACAGACAGGUCAUGUACCUAUUUAGGUAAAAUAGUGGUUGACAUCCCACAUCAAUGGAGGAACCGCGAUGAAAAUGUUAUUGUGUCUAUGACUUUUGGUCAAACAGAAAUCGUUGUUGAGGGAAAGUCUGAGCAUGGUGAACAUGUUGUCACUACAAAACUUGAUUUUCUUGUUUGACUUUUCGGACAUGAUAUAAAUUUAGGUUGGAUGUUUACAUUGUCCUCCAACCUGAUCUGAUCUCAUUGAAUUGAUUAGAUAACUAUUGCUUUAAAAUUUUAUUCAUAAACUAUUUCUACACUAUAGAAUUGAAAAAAAAACAAUGGUUAACUACCAUUUAACUACUUCUUAUUUGAAAGAUUCAAUUUUUCAUUAUACUAUGUGCUUCUUUAUCACUUGUCAUUCGUUCUGCAGUUCGUCCUUUUAAAUAUCAUGUUUCUUUUUAUGUUGUAAGCCAAACCAAACCUGACCACAACCAUUCUUAUUAUUUCCAGUUCAACAAUACAUCCGGUGUUCAUGAAAAAAAAACCCAACUCUCAUGCUUCCUAUACUAAAAUAGAAACUGAUACAUUCAUGAAACUUGUGUGCCACCGGUUCCAAAAAAUAGAAACUUUAUGAUAAAUUUUAAUAUUCCAUUGCUAAUACAUGUAGUUAUUUUGACAAUGGGGAUUUUAUGGUCAUCUUUAAGAAUUAUAGUUAAUGACUCUAACUUUCUCCAACCUAAUUGCGGUAACAAUACAUUGCAGAUUUCACACUAAAAAUCACAACAAAACGUCUAACUGCAGAACUUUUGUUGAAUAUAAAAUAUAUCCGAUGAUUAUAUAGAAUGGUGGUCGAUGACCCAAGCAGCUUUCCUUUGUAACUAAGAAUGACAUCAAAUAAGUUAAUAAAAUAUCCGGAAAAAUCUUGGGGAAGACUUAAUUGCAAACGAACUUUUGUUAAACAAUUUUUUGUAAACCUCUGUGUAACUACAGAUUUCAUAUAUUGUUAUUGGGUAUCAGUGAAAUUGUGCAAUAAGAUUUUUGUACCAAAAAUACAAGCUUUAUACAUACAAGUCAUGAAUAUAAGACUACCUUAAAUGUUCCUAUCAUUUUUGUCUAAUAUAUAGAAAUGUAUUGUAUAGUCUUUAUUUUUUAACACAAUGAUUUACUAGCUGUAGAAUUGUAUAACAAUGUAACACAUAAAUUGUUCAUAGAUGGAAUAAUUUAUAUGACCAGAAUUUAAAUGUCAAUGUGAUAUCUUUAUGUGAAAAUGUUUUUUUUUUAUAGAUAAACUAGUUUCUAUUGUA